AUGGCCGCGCCCGCAAGGCGGCGCCCGGGCGUGCUCCUGCUCCUCGCCGCGCUGCUUCUCGCGACGGCGGCAAUGCCGGCGACGGCGACGCUGCACCCGGUCGACUACCUGGCGCUGCAGGCCGUGCGGCGCGCGCUCUCCGACAUGCCAGGUUCCGGCUUCUUCGCCUCCUGGGACUUCACCGGCGACCCCUGCACGUUCGCGGGGGUGUCCUGCUCCGGCGACGGCCGCGUCGUCACCCUGGCGCUCGGCGACCCGCGGGCGGGCGCGCCGGGCCUCUCAGGCACAUUCCCCUCCGCGGCGCUCGCGCGUCUCGCCGCGCUCAGCUCCCUCUCGCUCGUCCCCGGCCGCGUCUCCGGCGGGCUCUCCCCCGCCGUCGCCGCGCUCCCCUCGCUCCGCUUCCUCGCCCUCUCCGGGAACCUCAUCUCCGGCGCCCUCCCGGCCACAUUCUCCCCCGCGCUCCGCACCGUCGACCUCAGCAAGAACGCCUUCUCCGGCAGACUGCCCUCCUCCCUGCUCCAAAUCCGGAGCCUGCGCACGCUCGUCCUCUCCCACAACUCCCUCUCCGGCGAGAUCCCCAGGGCCGUCAGCGCGCCGCUCGUCCACCUCGACCUCAGGAACAACCGCCUCUCCGGCGGCGUGCCGGCGCUCCCGGAGACGGUCGUCUACCUCAGCCUCGCGGGCAACAGGCUCUCCGGCCGCGUCGGCGGCGUGCUCCGGAGGCUCACCAGGCUCUCCUUCCUCGACCUCGGCGGGAACUGGUUCUCCGGCGAGGUGCCCGGGGAGCUCUUCUCCUUCCGGAUCGGGUACCUGCAGCUCCGCAAGAACGCCUUCUCCGGCGACCUCCGGCCCGCGGGGCGGGUGCCGGCGGGCGCCACCGUCGACCUCAGCCACAACGCGCUCACCGGCCGAGUGCCACCGGAGCUGGCCACCGCCGCCGCGGUAUACCUCAACGGGAACAAGUUCUCCGGCGAACUACCCUCGGAUAUCGCAUCGGCGGCGGAGGCCGGACGCAUGCGGGUUCUCUUCCUGCAGGACAACUUCCUCACCGCCAUCGGCGUGCGCGGCGUCCCGUCCAGCGCGGCGGUGUGCGCGCACUGGAACUGCGUCUCGCCGCCACCGGCAGUGGUUGCCGCGUGCCCCGCCAAGGGAGGCAGGGGGCGUCGCCGGCCGCCGGCGCAGUGCGGCGGGCGGAGGGGAUAA